UGAACUGCGUUGAUGCUGAAUGGUUAUGGCUAUAAUAUUUUAAGCCAAAGAUGAAGUGUUUACUAAUCAAUCUUAUAGUUUUUAUCAGUGCUGUUCAUUCGGAUAGAAGUAAACCUUUGUUUUUACCACAAUUACCAGUUGGCCAAUACCGACUAAAUUUCUUAGGGAUAACGCGUUGUGUAUCUGUACGUUCAAAUGAGAAAAUUCAAUUUAAUUGGUACCUAAGUAAAAAGUCCGCAAACACCACAGAAAUCAAAGGAAACGUAACAAAUUUCAUUCCAACGGAUGAUUCUCUUAAUUUGGAAUUCAAUAUGUCGAUUAAAGAUUCUAUUGGUGGUUGGAAGGAUAAUGCUUAUUUGUAUAAGGCACCCAAAGCUUGUUCGGCACUCAAAGUGGUCUUAGGAGAUGCUUGGACUCCACUAAUGGAUGGUCUAGGAAUUUACAACGCCACUUGUCCUCUUCCCGUGGGUUAUUUUAUAGCUUCUGGAGCAGAUACUAAUCUUUUUCAUUCGGCCAAUUUCCCCAAGACAUUUUAUUAUGGAACAUACAGAUUUCGUUUUUUUUAUACCAAAAACAAUGAAGUUUAUGGCUGUUUUAUUAUAGUUAUAGAGCUUAAACGGCCGUGGGAAACUAAUAAUUAAACAUUAAAUUAAAAUAAACCAUAUUAACACUAUUAAUGAUUAUUGAUUAUCCUUGUGCUUUACAUCAUCAACAUUGAAACAUUUGUUAUCUUUAAAUUGUUCACUUACAUUAGUAAUAUUGAAAUAUUUGUUGCCAAUUUGU